CAAGGAUUGCCUAAAAGUAUAGGGGAUGAUAGGAGGGUUUUACAAGACUAUUUUCAGCAUUGGUAUCCUGGUAAGAUUUAUAAAGUUGUUAUGCCUAUGGAUUUGUGUGCAUUGGAUGUUUUAGCGACGGAAUUGGUUAGAGUUAGGGAUGAAAUUACUUGGUUGGUUGCAAAAAUUGACUCGAGGCUUUUGCCUGAAGAUAAUGAGGGGGUUGGUGGUGGAGAGGGGUUUUGGGAGCAGUUGCAAGGUGGGGUGGUUUGGCUGUGGAGAAAUGUGAAGAAUUGGUGGGGUAAGAUGAUGGAUAAGUUGGGGUAUACAGAUGAAGAGGAGUUGAGGAGAUUACAAGAAUUGAGGGUGGAGCUGGAGUCGGAGUUGGCAGAGUAUAAAGAAGGUCGUGCGCCAAGUUCUGGAGUUGCGUUUGUGAUAUUUAAGGAUGUUUAUACAGCUAAUAAAGCUGUUCAGGAUUUUCGGAAUGAGAAGAAGAGGCGGGUCGGUAAGUUCUCUUCUGUCAUGGAGUUGAGGUUGCAGAGGAACCAGUGGAAAGUGGAACGAGCUCCAUUGGCAGCAGAUAUUUACUGGAAUCAUUUGGGGUCGUCAAAGUUGUCUCUGAGGUUGAGGAGAUUGUUUGUGAACACGUGCUUGCUGUUAAUGCUUUUAUUCUUUAGCUCUCCUCUUGCUGUGAUAAGUGCUUUGAAUAGUGCUGGGCGAAUUAUUGAUGCAGAAGCUAUGGAUAAUGCACAAUCAUGGUUGGAUUGGGUACAGAGUUCCAGCUGGUUUGCGUCUCUAAUCUUCCAGUUCCUGCCAAAUCUUAUUAUCUUUGUGAGCAUGUAUAUAAUAGUUCCAUUGGUUCUCUCUUAUAUGUCCAAGUUUGAACGUCAUCUGACUGUCUCCGGGGAGCAAAGAGCUGUGCUUUUGAAGAUGGUUUGUUUCUUCCUUGUAAACCUCAUUCUGUUGAGAGCUCUGGUUGAGUCUUCUUUGGAAGGUACAAUCCUAAAAAUGGGUAGAUGUUAUUUGGAUGGAGAAGACUGCAAGAGGAUCGAGCAAUACAUGAGUGCAUCAUUUCUGUCAAGAUCGUGUCUCUCUUCACUUGCAUUUCUAAUCACAAGUACUUUCUUGGGUAUAUCUUAUGAUCUAUUGGCUCCUAUCCCAUGGAUAAAGAAGAAGAUUCAGAAGUAUAGGAAGAAUGACAUGCUUCAGCUGGUGCCUGAGCAGGGUGAAGAGUACCCUUUGGUAGAUCAAGCCAUAGAUGCUCUUCAGAGACCUCUGAUGCCUGAUAAUAUGUUUGAUUCUCCCAGGUCAAAUGUAAUUGAUGAAGAGGGACAAGAUCUCUCUGUUUAUCCAAUCAGCAGAACCUCUCCAAUUCCCAAGCAGACAUUUGAUUUUGCUCAAUAUUAUGCAUUUAAUUUGACAAUAUUCACACUGACAUUGAUAUAUUCAUCAUUUGCUCCGCUCGUGGUCCCUGUUGGUGCAGUUUACUUUGGGUAUAGGUAUGUGGUGGACAAGUACAACUUUCUGUUUGUAUAUAGAGUUCGGGGUUUUCCUGCUGGAAAUGAUGGGAGGCUGAUGGAUACUGUAUUGUGUAUUAUGCGUUUCUCUGUUGAUUUAUUCCUUCUAUCAAUGCUUCUGUUCUUCUCGGUUCAUGGUGACUCCACAAAGUUGCAAGCCAUUUUCACACUUGGAAUAUUAAUAAUGUACAAAUUAUUACCUUCUGAUAAUGAUGGUUUUCAGCCAGCUCUUUUGGAAGGUAUGCAAGCUGUUGACAGCAUUGUAGAUGGACCUGUUGAUUACGAGUUAUUCUCACAACCCAGGUUUGACUGGGAUUCAUAUUAUUCUUGAUUUGAAGCUUAACAACUGUAUGCAGCUAAUCAAUUCAUCGCUUGUGCUGUUUUGCCCUUAUGUACAUCUUUCUAGUCUUUGUGUGCGUUGUUUAGGUUUGUACAAUAUGUCGUUCCUUUUCUAGAACUACCUUUUAACUCUAUCUUGUAGCAAGAUUUUCUUGCUACUUUUAUUUUGAAACGCGGUAAAUGUUAUAAGACUAACUUCUCUUUA